CCGCAUUCAGCAUUACUUAGCGCCUCAGGAAUUCAUACGCAAGACUCGUGGCCACGGAAGGCCAGUCUGGCGGACACGUCGGGUUGAACGGGCUCUGCCCGCAGCUCUCCCAAAAUGCCGAAAGGUGAUAAUGACAAGGCGGUCAACAGAUCGAGAUGGGCUACUCGGAAACUCACUGUUAAGAGCAGUGGUCUUAAGAGGCUAUCCCUCAAAGACAGGAUACAACAUAAGCGAACUGGCUCGAUAGAGAAGAAACGUCAUUCGGGCGGCAGUCAGUCUACGAGUGACGAUCAUGCUACAUACGACAGCGCGUCUGCAACCGAGCAGAAUGAACCAGGCGAUUCGAAGAGUACCGUGUCUGCUGAGGAGGAAGAUGAUGGGGGGAGGAUAGUGUACUUCAAUCUGGCUUUGCCUGACGAGCUGAAAGAUGAUGAAGGCAACCCCAUUCGUUCAUAUGCUCGAAACAAGAUUCGGACGGCCAAGUAUACACCGUUGUCUUUCAUCCCUAAGAACCUAUGGUUCCAAUUCCACAACAUUGCCAACAUUUUCUUCCUUUUCAUGGUGAUUCUUAUUAUCUUUCCUAUUUUCGGAGGUACUAAUCCAGGACUUAAUGCUGUACCUUUGAUAUUUAUCCUUGCCGUGACGGCUAUCAAGGACGCGAUCGAAGAUUAUCGCAGGACGAUUCUUGACAACGAAUUAAAUAACGCACCCGUGCACCGUCUUGUAGGGUGGAACAAUGUCAAUGUUACAGAAGAUAAUGUUUCGCUAUGGCGGAGGAUCAAGAAGGCUACUUCGAGAUCUCUCGCAACGUUUUGGCGUGCGGUGAAGAGCUUAUGGAAGAAGGACGAAACAAAGGGAAUGUUGGAAAAUUCAUCAGAUCCGCGUCCCUCUGUCGAAACCAAGGCGACGCGUCGCGAUUCUACCAUGCUAUCUCCUCACACUGACAGAACGUCAUUCAUGUCUGCGUACGAAGACAUUCAGAUGACACCAGUCACGUCCCCUCUUCCUCCCCAGACGCCCAAGAAAGAUUUAAUGGAAAUCCCGGAACGGCCGACAUCUGAAAGAUCGCAUACUCCAAAUGAGCCGGAGACGCUAGCUCGAAUAAAAGGAGACCUUAUCAACUACGAUGUGAAACCUGGCCAGGCCCGGUUUCACAAAGAUCACUGGAAAAAUCUACAGGUUGGCGAUUUUGUGCGACUUUAUAAUGAUGAUGAGCUUCCUGCAGAUAUCAUCGUUCUUGCUACUUCCGAUUCAGACGGUGCAUGUUAUGUGGAAACCAAGAAUCUGGAUGGAGAAACAAAUUUGAAAGUUCGUCAAGCACUCCGUUGCGGACGAACUUUGAAGCAUGCGAGGGACUGCGAGCGCGCCCAAUUCUUUAUCGAGAGCGAACCACCCCAACCUAACCUCUACAAGUAUAAUGGUGCCAUCAAGUGGAAACAAAUGAUGGCAGAUGGUCCCAGAGAAAUGUCGGAGCCGAUAUCCAUAGAUAAUAUGCUCCUCAGAGGGUGCAACUUGAGGAAUACUGAAUGGGUUCUCGGCAUCGUUAUGUUUACAGGUCACGAUACGAAAAUCAUGAUGAAUGCAGGUGUCACGCCAAGUAAACGUGCCCGCAUCGCCCGGGAGCUAAAUUUCAACGUUAUCUGUAACUUCGGUAUUCUCGGCGCAUUGUGUCUUCUGUGUGCCAUCGUCAAUGGAGUCUCGUGGGGCAAAAGCGACGCUUCCACCGCUUGGUUUGACUACGGUUCCGUCGGUGGUACUCCUGGUAUGACCGGGUUUAUCACAUUCUGGGCCGCGCUUAUUGUCUUCCAAAACUUCGUUCCGAUCUCUCUUUAUAUCUCACUCGAAAUUGUGCGUACGCUGCAGGCUAUCUUCAUAUAUAGCGAUGUUGAGAUGUACUAUGAGAAAAUCGAUUAUCCAUGUGUACCAAAAUCAUGGAACAUAUCCGAUGAUUUAGGUCAGAUCGAAUAUAUCUUCUCAGACAAGACAGGAACUCUCACCCAAAACGUCAUGGAAUUCAAAAAGGCUACUAUCAAUGGCCAGCCGUACGGAGAAGCGUAUACUGAGGCCCAGGCAGGCAUGCAGAAGCGUUUGGGUAUUGAUGUGGUAAAAGAAGCUGCCAGGGCCAGAGCACAGAUCGCCGCCGGAAAAGCCCACGCGGUGGAAGGACUUCGAAAAAUACACGACAAUCCAUAUCUUCACGAAGAAGAUAUGACGUUCAUUGCUCCGGAUUUUGUUGAUGAUUUACGAGGCGAGUCCGGCGAGGAGCAAAAAGAAGCCAAUGCGCACUUUAUGCUCGCAUUAGCACUUUGUCAUACUGUUAUAGCAGAUCAUAUUCCCGGCGACCCUCCUAAGAUUGAGUACAAAGCUCAAUCGCCGGACGAAGCAGCACUCGUAGCAACUGCUCGUGAUAUGGGAUUCACUGUUCUCGGACAUACAGCGGACGGUAUCAGAGUGAAUGUUAUGGGCGAAGAAAUACACUACCAAAUCCUCAACACAAUCGAAUUCAACUCCAGCCGAAAACGAAUGAGCGCUAUCGUGAAGAUGCCCGAUGGUCGUAUCAUUCUAUUCUGCAAGGGUGCGGAUAGUAUCAUAUACUCACGCCUGAAGCGUGGUGAGCAAGCAGAGCUUCGGAAAACCACUGCUGAGCACCUUGAAAUGUUUGCUCGAGAAGGUCUACGAACCCUAUGCAUAGCCGAGCGUGUACUUUCUGAGCAAGAAUAUCUCGAGUGGCGUAAGGAGCAUGACAAGGCCUCCACCGCGAUGCACGAUCGAGAAGAGAAGUUAGAGGAAGUUGCCGACAAGAUUGAGCAAGAAUUAACUCUCCUGGGAGGAACGGCAAUCGAAGAUCGUCUUCAAGACGGUGUACCUGACGCGAUCGAAUUACUCGGCCGAGCAGGAAUUAAGCUAUGGGUACUCACCGGAGACAAAGUCGAAACUGCUAUCAACAUUGGUUUCUCGUGCAAUCUACUGAAUAACGACAUGGAACUUAUUAAUCUUAAAGUGGAAGAGGAUGAAACUGGUUCGACACCUGAUGAUCUGUUCGUAAACGAAAUUGGACGAGAGCUAGACGCGAAGCUCAAGAUGUUUGGUAUCACCGGUGACGACGAAGACUUGGCCCGCGCCAGGAAGAAUCACGAACCGCCAGCGCCAACCCACGCUCUUGUGAUCGACGGAUUCACUUUGAGGUGGGUGCUCGAUGACAGCUUGAAGCAAAAGUUUCUCCUUCUCUGCAAGCAGUGUGCUUCUGUUCUGUGCUGUCGUGUCAGCCCUGCGCAGAAGGCUGCCGUUGUAUCCAUGGUCAAGAACGGUCUUGAUGUUAUGACGCUCUCCAUCGGGGAUGGUGCCAACGAUGUCGCGAUGAUUCAAGAAGCGGACGUCGGUGUAGGUAUCGCCGGUGUUGAAGGUCGCCAAGCCGUCAUGUCUGCCGAUUAUGCCAUUGGUCAGUUCCGGUUUCUCGAACGAUUAGUUUUGAUUCAUGGCCGCUGGUCCUACAGGAGGAUGGCGGAAGCAAUCGCCAACUUCUUCUACAAGAACAUGGUUUGGACCUUGUGUAUUCUUUGGUUUCAGUGUUUCUGCAACUUCGACAUCACAUAUGUCUUCGAGUACACUUAUAUCCUUCUGUUCAACCUUAUCUUCACCUCCGUGCCCCCCAUUGUCAUUGGUGUCCUCGACCAGGAUGUGUCCGAUAAAGUCUCGUUAGCUGUUCCUCAGCUAUAUCGACGUGGCAUUGAACGGCUUGAAUGGACCCAGCACAAGUUUUGGUUUUACAUGUUGGAUGGUUUAUACCAAAGUGUAAUAUGCUUUUUCGUUCCAUACUUAACCUUCGCAUCUACCUCGGCCGUUACCGGAAAUGGACUUGAUGUGAUGGAUCGGUAUCGAUUCGGCGUCUACAUUGCGCAUCCGUGUAUCAUUACAAUCAAUCUUUACAUCCUCAUCAACACAUACCGAUGGGAUUGGCUUACGCUCCUCAUUAUUGUUCUCAGCGACCUGGUUGUCUUCUUUUGGACCGGUGUUUAUACAUCGUCAACGUUUGCUGGUACGCUUUAUGAGGGAGCUCCCCAGAUUUACGGCGAAGUUUCGUUCUGGGCGGUUUUAAUUGCGACUCCGAUCCUUGCAUUAGCUCCUCGGUAUGCUAUCAAGGCUUUGCGCAAAGUCUACUGGCCCCGAGAUGUAGAUAUCAUUCGGGAACAGGUUACCAUAGGUAAAUUCGAUAAUCUAGAAAAGGAGAGUUCAAGCGAGGUUCUAGUAAAAUCGAGUUCUUCAGGAUCAUCACAGUCCUCUAGGCGCCGGCGACACCAGCAAUUUGCAAGUGUGGAUGAGGAUUUAAAACCCAUCUAUCCACCUUCUGUUGCAACUCAGUCUAUUGCCGGCCAUAAUUCUCGUAGCCAGAAUGGCAGCGAUGGCACUAAUUACACUAGACACGAGCCAUCGAUUGAUGUCCCUGUUGCUCAACCGGUUGAUCCGCCUGCUGAACCUCCGGUACGCCCAUCGCACGAUCGGGUUCGUCCAUCUUACGACCGUAUGCGAGCCUCGAUGGAUCGAGUUAGGCAGAGUUACGAGAUGUCCAACGAGUUUACUUCAGCUGCCAUGUUGAGCAGAUUUGAGUCGACUCGCUCCGGCGUUACGCAAUCACAGGAGGGUAAUGGGAUUGUCAGCAGAAUAAGAAACCGGACCCGGGGUAAAUCCUUUAAGUCCGCAUUUAUUCACCAUAAAGACAACCAUAUCCACGAGCAUGAAUAAAGAACACUCACGACGGCCCCCGCGACAAUUCUUGGAAGAUGGUGUGAUGUUCGGGUUUUGGCUUCUUUUAUUCCAUUCGAUGUGAUAUCCGGAGCACUAGGUGCUCAAGUACGAUCUCGGACGAACUAUUCACGAUAC